GUUAAUUAAUUACUUCAAGUUCAGCAGCUUAACGAUGGCAGGUUUUUCUUGGGCUUUCGCUUUUGGUCUACUUGGAAACAUUGUAUCCUUCUUGGUGUAUCUUUCUCCCAUACCAACAUUCUAUCAAAUAUAUAAAAAGAAGACGAGCGAGGGCUUCCAAUCGGUGCCGUAUGUUGUGGCUCUCUUCAGCGCCAUGCUAUGGAUAUACUACGCUUUCCUCAAGUCCAACACGACUCUUCUCAUCACGAUCAAUUCUGUGGGAUGCUUCAUCGAGACCAUAUACAUUGUCUUUUAUCUUGUCUACGCUUCCAAGAAAGGAAAAGUUCAAACCAUGAAGCUCAUUGUUGGGCUUAUCAUUUGCGGGUUUGGAUUUAUAGUUCUUUCGACUUAUUUCUUAGCAAAACCUUCGCAACGUGUCGUCAUUGUUGGAUGGAUUUGCCUCGUAUUCUCUCUAUGUGUGUUUAUUGCUCCUUUAUGCAUUGUGAGAAAAGUAAUACAAACUAAAAGCGUCGAAUACAUGCCUUUUCUACUAUCACUCUUCCUCACUAUUAGCGCGAUCACAUGGUUUUUCUACGGAUUUCUGAUCAGGGAUUAUAACAUUGCAAUUCCAAAUGUGCUCGGCCUCGCGUUCGGCGUGCUUCAGAUGGCGCUCUACAUAAAAUAUAAAAACAGCAACACAUCUACUGAAGAAAAGCUUCCUGAAAUGCAAAUGCAAGUUACAAUCAGCUUGUCAGAACAAAAAAUGCCCGAAAUCGAUAUCCUAGUAUUGGAUGAGACUAAAACUUCAGAGAUAGCUGAAAAAAUCGUCGACAUCGCCAAAUUCAGUUCAGAAUUGAGUCUUAUGAAAAUUCCGGAGGCUUCCGGUAAGAACAUUGAUGGAUUGAAGCACUUUGAACCCCAAAAUUUGGCCUUACAACCUCAAGCUUGAUCAUGGAUUUGGAUAUACUGUUGUGAUGUGUAAUGAAUUGUCCCUUCCUCGCUUUCUGCCUGUAAUUGUG